AUGAGCCUGCCUGUUACAGUUGAUCCUGCUACAAAGGCCAUCUCCGUUGAUGCCUCAUUUAUUGAUAGUUUGGGUGAAGAAUCCCAAAAGGAUCUAAAUGAGAAACUACUACAACUGAAUGAUCUGAGCCGCUAUCUUACCGGUCUUAGCCUACCAGUCCCACCAGCCCCCAAUACAAUUUCGAAGCAGCUGACAGACCAGGUCAAUAAACUUCGUGCCCAUGGAGUAACACAAUCAAAAGCUGGAAAGCACCAGGAAGCGCUCAAGCAUUUUACACUUGCAGUCCAAUUGGCUCUUAAAAGACCACCAUGGGAAGCUGCACUUUAUGUUAUUGAGGAAGUUUGUGGAUUAUUAGCAUUGCGCGCCGAUAGUUAUAUGGCCUUGAACUUAUGGCCAGAAGCAUAUACUGAUGCUUCAUUAAUUGUUCUGUUGGUUCCCACUGAUCCUAAGGGCCAUCACCGAAGAGGUAGAUGUCUUCAAACCAUAGGUAAAUACAGCGAAGCUAGAGUAGAAUACUUAACUGCUUCCGCUGCCCUUCCACAAGAUACUAGUAUCAAAGAAUCCUUGGCAGAAGUUGAGGCAUUACUAGCCAAACCUUAA